GCUGUCGCACACGUUGAAAAUGAUAAAACCCACUGCACAAGAAGUUAGCGAUAGCUAACUGAACAAGAGAUGGGACUUCAGAAGCUGUGAUCACAACAAACAUCCGCCAUGUUCGAGGGAGUAGUGGCGACAGUUCUCAACCGUUAUCUCGGCAAAUACAUUCAAGAUCUCGACAUCGAAAGCCUAAAUAUUGGAAUUUUCAGCGGAAAUGUACAACUUGUUGAUCUCAGAAUCAAGCCUGAAGCUCUGUACGAGCUUGACCUGCCAAUCGAGGUGAAAGUCGGCGUCAUUGGAAAAAUAAACUUAAGCAUUCCAUGGGGUGGCCUUUACACACAGUCCGUAGUAGCUACUAUUGAGGAUGUUUAUAUCAUCGCUGGACCUGUACUCGACAGAGAGUAUGAUCCAGAAAAAGAGAAACGGCUUAUGCGAGCAGCAAAACGGAAGAAACUGGAAGACCUUGAAGCGGAAAGUUUACUAGGGUCAGGUCCAGAGGAUUCUAAGACUUUCACUGAAAGUCUUCUUACCACGAUAAUAAACAACUUGCAGAUCUUUUUUCGAAAUAUACAUAUUCGCUAUGAAGACACUAUCACAAAUCGAGAUCACCCAUUUUUUUGUGGUUUCUGUGUUCAGAAUGUCUCCCUCGAAACAACCAACAGCAAGUGGAAACCAGCAAUCACAGCUCAGAACGCUACAUCGUUCUACCAGCUUAUUAGACUGGAAUCUUUCUCGGUCUAUUGGAAUCCUAAAACUUCGGCGAGCGGACUUGUGUCACAAAUGCUAAUGCAGGAUAUUGCCCAGUACAACUGGAGAAAUGAGAUGAGAAGAGGUCUGGAAAUGUUCAGUACCAAUAACGAAGAUUUUGAUUUCAUUGUAAAGCCAGUAACAGCGAAAAUAAAAGUAAUAAUAAACAAAUCUAACGAAGCGAGGGUACCGAAACUGUUACUAGAUUUUGUUUUACAAGAUGCAGCAACUCAACUGUCACGCCAGCAAUACCUCUCUAUUACGGAGUUGUCUGAAUCGUUCAAAAGGAUGAAUAUCAACAGGAAAUACAGACAAUUUCACCCAGGAGUACCAGUUAUUUCUAAUAGUUCAAAAUGGUGGAAGUACGCGUACAACUCUGUACUGGAACAGAGAGUGAGACCUUACACUUGGACCAACAUUAAAAAGCACAGGGAAUAUUAUUUGAAAUACAAAGAUGCAUACAAAAAAGCACUGUUCAGUCCAAAUGACACCGAACUGAAACUUGAUCUGCAGCAACUAGAAGAUAGGCUCACCAUCUUGCAUAUAAUUGUUGCAAGAGAGCAUGCCAAACUAGAGCUUCACCGUGAAAAUCCAGAACGUAUACAUGUGAGAGAGAGUACUGUUGACUGGUGGGGAAUAACAAGAGAAGAAAGCACUGUGGAGUUUCUUAUUCUUUCUGAAAAAGAACGAGGUCUGUGGGCUCAACUUUCUUCCCCAGAAAAGAAGAAAAUUUGUGAGACAAUUGGUUUUGUUGAAGGAGCAAUGAAAAUGGACAAGCCAAAGCAGUACAUAGAACACAAGUUUAACUUCACAGUAGCAAAUUGCUCACUGAGCUUGAUCAACCACCGAAAGGAAAUUGUAGUUGUCACACUAACACAGUUUCUGGCAAGCUUAGAAACUCGUCCAUCAGCAAAGGCCUUCAAAAUUUCCAUGAGGAUUGAAAGUUUUGUGGUUGAAGGUACAAGCUUGGAGAAUGAGCUUGUUCCAAUGGUUUCUGCAGAUAAUGUACAUACAGGUAACACAUCUUCGAACUUCCUCUCAAUAGAUUUUGAAAAGAAUCCUUCUAAUGUUGAAGCAGACUUCGAACUCUCAAUAGCAGUUGAGCCUGUUGAAGUUGUUUACCAUGAGCAUGCAGUAUCAGAGCUCAUUAAUUUCUUUCAAACAAGAUCAUCUAGUAUGAAGGAUGUUCUUCUGUACUUGGAGCAAAAAAUUGAACAAAUUGUUCAGGCCGGAAAGCCAUUAUUUCUGUAUACUGUUGCCCGCCAAAAGACAAUCAGCAUUACUAUGGACAUCAAGGGACCAUAUAUUGUUAUUCCUGAAAUGGGAUCAUUACAAAAAGGGGGCAGUGUAAUGGUGAUAGAUCUGGGAUGUGUUACUGUCAGGAGUGAUCUACAAACAAGUACUACUGGGUUAGAAGAUGCAACACAGAUGGAGCUAGAAGAAAGAUUAUAUGAUAGGCUCCAUAUAGACUUUUGUGACCUACAGCUGCUAUUUUGUGAUUCAGGAGAAGAAUGGAGAGAAUCCCUGAAAUUUCAAGACACAGACUACCAUUUGAUUCCUAAAAUUCGUUGCCAAAUAGUGUUCUCCAAUAGUGUAAAACCGGAAUAUAGGCAGUUACCAAGGUUUAAGUUGAAUAUAUCUUUGGCAAGUCUGAAACUAAAUCUGUCAGAUCGGAAGCUAGGAAUGGUUAUGGAUUUCCUGGAUAAUGUGCCUUUGCCUUCUCCAAAUACACUGAGGGUUUCUGAAUUGGAACUGAGCAUUGAUAAAGAAACUGUUGAUGACAGUUCUGUAGCUAAAUAUUUUUAUACUGAUAGGAUCCAUCAGGAACCAUCUAAAGAACAGCUUCAGAGGAUUAAACAAGUAAUUGUAUUGUCUGAAUUAUCACAUGAAAAGAAGAUUCCAGAAAUGUCUGAUAAAACUGCUCCUAAACCAGAGUUGUUAGAAGUUGACAGGAGUCACAUGUCAUCAGAUCACAGUGAUGAAGAACUUGAACUGUGGGCUCGUACAGUGGACUUACCUGGAUUUGAUGACAAUGUUUCCCCAAGAAAUGUCAUCAGAAUGUUGCUCAGAUUUGUCAUUGGAGAAGUUGUAGUCCAGUUAGCAAGGUCUAGCAAUCACAUGGAUAAACCGUAUAUAAUGUUAAGAAUUAACAAAGUUUGCUGGGACACAGCACUGAUGGAAUAUGGUCCUGCUAUCCAAGCAGGGAUUGGUGGAAUCCAGCUUAUAGACAAGAUACAUACUAGCUGUACAGGAAAAUAUUUAGAACUUGUAUCUACACAUGGCACUGAUGAUAUGGUGACACUGUUGUACAGAAAGGUUCGCUCUGAUUGCCCUGAUUUUAAAUCACAUUUUCAUAGUGUUGAGCAGUCCCUUGUAUUGGAUUUUUCAUCUGUGCAUAUAGUGUUCCAUAGGGAGGCAUUUUUGACACUGAACAAGUACCUGCAGUAUCUUCAUCAAAAAAUACAGAACAGAGAAAGUCACCUAAAAUCACUGGUGCAGUAUUCACCACUUCUGUACACAUGGUUAUUCCCUGGAACAGCAGAACCACCAAUACCACCUGGUGCAACAAAAUUUAGCUAUUCAACUCGCCUUGGUGAAAUACGAAUCAGGCUGUGUGACACUGACAUGGAAUUUCUUGAAUUGAAAGUCACUGGCUGUGAAAGUGAUUGCAUGUUUAAGGCCAAUGAAAGAAUGGUGCUUCGAGUAUAUUUGACAACAUUAACAAUAGAUGACUUGUCAGAUUUGACUCUCUAUUCCAAGAUUCUCUCUAUUGAUGAGGAUAAAGUCUUUGACUUGAAAUAUGUGAGGCACAGCCCCAAAUUAUACACACAUUCUGAUAUGGAAGCCAUCAGAGAUGAUGUCAAGUCUGAUGGGAGUUUCCGGCUUCAUGUUGGGACUGUUCAUAUUGUGCUCCUUUAUAAACUGUUAAUUGACUUGCAGCAUUUCUUUGAACCAUUCAUUCAUGCAAGCACAGUUCUACAAACUUAUCACAGGGUAGAAAAAUGGAUACAACAGCAGUCUGCACAAAUUCGGACAUGCAAUACUAAACUUCAUGUAUCAUUAGAUAUACAUGGUCCAACAUUACUGCUGCCACAGAAGUCAUCUUCACCUAAUGUAAUUAUAGUUGACUCAGGUGAACUAACUGUGGAAAACUUCUUCAAAGAGCUAUCUUCUAGUUCCACAAAUAUUGCAUCUACAAGGAGUGGUCUAUCUCCAACAAGCUCUACAGCAGUGCCUGUGAUAGACAAUAUUCUAGUAAGGCUGCAGUCUGCACAAGUUUCUAGAGCAGUAAUGACAUUAGCAGGCUCACUAGAAAUUCAGGAACCAAUAUUGGAACCACUAAAUGCAAGGCUUGACAUCAAACGAAUGGUUGCCUACCAUCAUACCAUGACUAACUUACCACCCACACCGGGUCCUUAUCUACAGCAGCAUCGAGAUUAUCUUCUGUAUGAUGUAAAUGGUGGAAUGGAAAUUGUACACAUCAAUCUUGGCCAACGCGAUCUUGCAACAUUACUUUCAGUAUGGAAUGACAAUUUGGCUGAAGGAAAAUUAAUGGAUACGCACCUUAAUUCUCAUCCACCAUCACCACUCGAACCUCCUACUCCAACUGAUCACAAUGAAGACUCCACAGUGAGGAAGCUUCAAGCAUUUUUUAACCAAAGUGAACACAGUCGCCAUGAAGUUAGUAUUCGUCUGAAUCUGGAGGGCAUACAGCUUCGUCUCUUCAGUGAUAUGGAUGAAAUACUUAGCUCUCCUGUACGUGACAUGAACCAUGGACUAUGCAAGCUGGCUGUUGGAGAGGCAACAAUAUCUGUUGACACAUAUUCAGACCACAGUUUACAGUUAAAAAUGUGCCUUCAAUGUUUCUUGUUGGAGGAUAUUCGACCUGAUAACAGCAUUAUUAUAAAGAAAAUAUUUCAGUCUCAUGGUGGUGAAAUGAAAAUGGAAAGCAGCAAUAUAUCAGUUUCCACCCCACCAGUCAUAGAUAUCAGUUACCAUCAAACACAGGGUGGUGAUCGGUGCAUUAAUGUACUAGUGGAAAGAACCCGACUCAACUUCUCUGUGCCAUUUUUUGUGAACCUAGGAAGGUUUAUUUUGGAUUCACUUCCUGGAGAGAGACCAGCAGAUGGAGGUGUUGUUAAUCAUGGUUAUGUAGGUGACCUUGGAAGUCAGAAUAAAGUGACUGUGGAAGGUAUGAGGCCCUCACAUCGACCACCAAGCUCAGCUGAUAGCACAAGUGGUUAUUUCUCUUCUGGAGCAUCAUAUUCAGAUGACUCAUCAGGUCUCUCAAUCUCAGUGCAGCUCAGAAAACCUGAAAUGAUGUUAUUUUCUGAUUUAUCAGAGCAUAGUGGCCAUGCUCUGCUGUUACAGGCUGAAUUUCUUCUGGAUUACAGCAUUCAUCCUGGCCGGCAUUCAUUAGUUUGUACAUUGGCUGGUCUAAAAAUUUUGUCUAAGCUCCAAGGUCACAGCAGGCAACCACCCAUCAUGGUGCUGUAUCCAUGUGACAUAGAAUUUGCAAAAACCGUAAGGACAGCUGAACAUGGAGUGACUGUGAUUGUCUCUGUUAGUACAAUAAACCUUCACAUCUCUGCUAGCACAGUUCAUACUUUAUCUGAUAUGAUAGAUGAUAUAUCCACAUCUAUGCAACUAGAAGAAUCAGAUAGCAAUGUACGACUGAUAAAUGGGAAUUCGGAUCCUGAAGACUUAUGGUCACCAAAAAAGAUUCAACCUUUCUUACUUCCUGACACAAAUGAAAACAUGAACUACUCACAGUCCUCAUUCACACCUAUUAAGCUAAAUGAAAAGUUCUCUUUAUCAGUUCCAAAGAUACUUGUAGUUUUUGAAAUGGAAGAAGCGGCCAAAAGAAUUCCCAUUUUGCUCUUUAGGACUGCUGUUGAUGCUGAUGCUCGUGACUGGACAAAACAGUUAUAUUUGAAAGCAGAGAUACGUCUCCAAGCAAGUUAUUAUGAUGAGAAGACUGGUUCCUGGGAGCCCCUAAUUGAGCCUGCAGUUGUUGAAGAAAAUGUGUAUGCACCAUGGGAGAUUCUGAUAAAAGUGUUUCAGGCAAAGUCAUUUCCAUUAUCUAGUAAGUUUGAUCACAGCAGCAGAAUGGAUGUCAAUGAUGUGAAACAGAGAAUACAACAGCAGGCACCAGAGAAGAAGAAAAAUGACUCUGAAGCUUCAGCAGAUGAGGGAGAACCAGAAUGUGGAAUGACUUUCAUUCGAAGACGUAAUGUUGAAUCAUCACACAUGGAAUCUUCACACAUAAUGCAACACAAUGUAAAUGAGCACAGAGGCUUGACGGGGUAUACAGAGGAUUCAGAUUCUGACAAUGAGGAUGGUGUUUUAGAAAAGUUAGCCAGUGCUAUUGGCCAUUUGUUCACAGGUGACAGCAGUGAUGGUGAGAUAAGUGAAUCAGAAGAUUCAAGUGGAGCUGAGCCUUCUGUUGAGACAGAGGAGGCCUCUGAAAUGACAGUCAGCUGUAGUGAGACUGUGAUUGGAAGAGAUGAAAGGGCAGUCUUUCUCAAAAAACAAGAUGAUUCAAUUGAUUCAGGUCUGGAAACUGAGUCACCAGAUCGGUUUGCAACAUACAUUAUGAUUGAUACAAAUGAACAUUUUGAAGUUCUCUUGACGCCAUCUUCUAUUGAGAUCCUUCACAAUCUUUUGGAAGCAUUCACCCAUAGUCCAUCAUCAAUGUCUAAUGGAAGACUAUUUGAACUGGAAGGUCCACUCACUUUAUAUAACUACUUGGGUCCCAAAUCAACUGUGCAGUUGGUAACAAAGACAGAGACAACACCAGAUGGGAAAGACAAGGUACUGAUGACAGCAGCCUAUGAUAAAUCAGACUCACUUCCCAGUAGCCCUGCGUCAACCACAGGCUUUGGGGAUUUUAGUCAACAUGAAUCAGAUGCAGAUAUGGAAAGCUUUGAAGGUGGAUUCAGUUACCGACAAAGUGAUUCAGGGUCUGAACAAAUACUGUUGUCACCAGUUCUCCAGUUUCCUCCAGAAUCUGUGACAAACAUAUACAAGAAAAUAACAGAGGAACAUCUUGUAAUAGAUGUAGAAGGUUUUGAGAAACUACAUAUUCUGGCCCCUAAGAGAGAUUCAGUUAAGUUACAUAUGCUCCAGCCUAUUAAAAACAACACAAGAUAUUAUAUAAUUGUUUGUGUGGAUGUUCAUCAGAGGCACCGUAAGGUUACUGUGAGAUCUCCUUUGCAGAUAAAAAAUGAAACUUCAUAUGCGAUGGGCUUGUACUAUAAGAAGUCUGUUGUGGAAAGUAUUGGUGUGCAGCAUGUAGGGGAAGUUACUAAUCCAUUUGAAGAUUCUAUUCGAGUAACAAUAAUUGAACCAGAUGGUGUAUUUAAUGUUCCACUGUACAUAGCAUACCACUGCAAACUACAUGUUCUUCCUGCAUAUGUAGACAGCUAUAAUGUCAGUGAAGUGGGACUGUGUUGGCAAGAAAUGGCAUCUGAUCUUAAUAUACCAAAAGAUGUGUUUUGCAUGCCAAAAGAAGAAAAGGAUGUAACAGUAUUUUCAUUAAGGGCCGUGUGCACUGAGGGACAACAGAUUAACAGAAUCUCACGAUCAGUCCCUAACUAUUUUAUCAGGCUUGUUCCUCCACUUGCAUUAUACAACUUUUUGCCAUAUGCUAUUGAAGUAAAGAUACCAAGCAUUAAGUAUGAAGUUCGUAUAGAAGCUGGUGAGAAGACCAAUGUUUAUUUCCUCAAUUUGCUGAAGAUGCAUAAAAUUUGUGUGGAGGUUCCAGUUUAUCUUGGGAUUCCAUGGUCAGGCUCUUUUAGCCUUACAGCUGAUUUAGAGGAAAAAACAAUAACAAUGGCAACAGAGUUUGAUACUGAAGGUGGAAAUAAGCAACUAGGACUAAACCUGAAGGUAGACAGAAGUGACACCUGUGACAUGCUGUUGCAUGCACCAUAUUGGAUCAUCAAUAAAACUGGUCUUCCCCUUCAAAUAAAGGGUUCCUUGUCAGAUAUUGUUUAUGAAGCACAGGGAGAAGAACCAUUGCUUUUUUGCUACAAAAAACACAGACGUCGAUGUGUCCGUCUUCGAGCAUAUCACUCUUCCUGGUCACCUGCAUUUUCCUUAGACAAUGCAGGAUGUGUUGGUCUGAUAGUGUGCCAUGACCGAGAAAGGAAAAGACACUACCGAAUAUUGCUGAUAUCUUCACUAUCACAGCUGUGCCCUCAGCUUACUCGCAUUGUGACUUUUCUUCCCAAUUUCAUUGUUACUAAUAACAGCAACAAACAUCUGAGAUUUAUGGAAGAAAAUGAAAGGGCAGACUUAUGGAUUGACUUGUCACCUGGUCAGUGUGUGCCAUUUUGGCCAGAAACAGAAUCAAUGAACAUGUAUGUUAAAUUUAGAGACAGCAAGAUUAUGUCUCAACAUUUUCCCAUAACAAUUGUCCACCACACAGUUCUUCGAAUGGAUAAAGGCUGUGGUCUAUGUGUUUCGGUGACUGGUGGUGGGGAUAAACCAUUCUCUAUUGCCUUCAAUAACUACAGCUUUGGAGAAGCACCAGUUAGGAUUGACAACUUGUGUGAGGAUCUGUUUCUCAAGAUCUACCAGCAAGAUCUUGGUCAGGUGAUGCUCCUGAGUCCCUAUCAGUCAAUGCUGUACACAUGGGAUGACCCUACUAAAGAAAGAUACCUCUAUUGGAAUAUCUACAAUAAGAAGUCUAAGGGAUUCCUAGCUGAAUUUCAUAAGGAUGGUUAUGGUCAAGAGCGUGUGAGUUUUCAUACAAUCAAACAGCCUUGUGUCACUCCCAGCACUCCGACAGUCACUGCUAAAUUAUCAGCUAGCUUCAAGAGACUUUCGCCAAAGUCAUCUGUGCAAGAAGGCAGCAGCAGUGAUGAUACAGGAUCUGAAGAAUCUGAUGAAAGGGAGCAACAUCUAAAGAAAACUCGCAAAGACAAAGUUGUUGUGUACUGGGUAAGCUACUUAGAGAGUUACCAGAGAGUUCUCUUAUUCACACAAGAUGAGAGGAUUGCUUAUCAAGCGCAAAGCAGAAUUGAAGCAGAGAAGAGCAACUUGGAAAUGUUUGUGUCCAUCAGUGGUCUUGGUAUUUCACUUGGAACUGACUCAAAUAAACAUCAGAAGGAAUUAGCAUAUUUAAGUAUAACAGACUCAGCAGCACUGUGGGAAGUCAUUGUGGCCAAUAAAUGGAAAAUACUUACUUUGGAACUAGCCUCUUGGAUUGAAGAUAAAUGGAAACAUGAUUUGAAGACAGCACAAAUGAAAGAUUAUGUUCAUGUUGACUUUGAGAAGAUGCAGAUGACAAAACCUUUCUUUGGAGAACUACGAAGGCGGUAUAGUCCAGGAAUAUGGCUGCAGUUCCGGAAAUCUGACCACCAAGUGUACAUACAUUUUAAGAUACAUAGAUUACAGAUUGAUAAUCAGCUUCCAGAUGCAGUGUUUCCGACAGUACUUUAUCCAAAAUCACUACCUCAACAUAUUGCUCGGCGGGUUGGAAUAAAGCCAUGCAUAGAUAUAGCUGUCAUGAAGCGAUAUAAUCCAUUGCACAACCAAGACAUAUACAAGUACAUAAAAAUACUAAUACAAGAAUUUGCUCUCCAAAUAGACACAGGAUUUCUGUUAUCAGUGUAUGAUAUUUUUGCAAAAUGGGAGAAUGAAGUGAAGCCAUCUGUAAGAAUGAGAGCAGAUAUUUCUACAGUACACAUGCCUCUUGCAAAUGUUGUGCCAAAGGUACCGAUAAAUGAUCGAAAAAUAGUUAUUGAGUAUAUCCACUUAUCACCUCUUAAAAUUCUGUUUAGUUUCUCAUGUCAUGGCCCAUUAAUCUCCAGAAGAAAGAAACAUUUCUUUAGUUCUGAUAUGAUUGACAUCUUCAUAACAUCAUUUGGCACUAACCUGACUGAAGUUAAAGGAGUAAAACUGAAUAUGGCUUAUUAUGAACAAAAAGGAAUAUGCACAACAUUCUGCCAACAAGUUUCUGAUAUUCAGUCUCAUUACUUGAGUCAGAUAAUUCAGCAGUUUUAUGUUCUUGUUUUGGGAAUUGAUAUUCUUGGAAACCCAUAUGGAUUAAUUACAGACUUUUCGGAUGGUACUGAUGAGUUCUUUUAUGAACCUUUUUUGGGUGUUAUGGAAGGUCCAGAAGAGUUUGCUGAAGGCUUGAGCUAUGGAGCUCAGAGCCUGUUUGGGCACAUUAUUGGAGGUGCCAUGGGCUCAGCUUCUCUUAUAUCCUCAUCUUUAGGUGAAAACCGUUCCAGCCUUAAUUUUGGUGAAGACUACAGAAAGAAAAGAAAAGUUUGUCUGCAACAUUGCAGUGAUAUGCCAGAGAUGCUGAUAUUGACAGCAAAUUCUUUCAUAAUGGGAGUGACAUUAGGAAUGUCUGGAGUUGUUGUGAAACCACUUACUGGAACAGAAUUAUCAGGUGCACAACAAGAUGGAGUUGAAGGAUUUUUCAGAGGUACUGGAAAAGGUUUAAUGAGCCUCAUUACUAAACCUAGUGGAGGUGUUCUUGAUAUUGUGGGAAUGGCAUCUGAUGGAGUAAAAAGAGCUGUUGAAAUGGGAGAAGAUAUAGUAAUGAGAAAGCGUCUUCCUCGCUACAUGAAUCCAUACCAGGGUAUAAAACCUUACUCAAGGUAUGAAGCUAUUGGCAUGCAUCUGCUGAACACAUUAAGCAAAGGGCACUAUUGUGAUACUGACACAUAUUGGGCACAUGCAUGUCUUACAAAUGAUGCUAAAAGAGCUGUUCUCAUCACCCUUCAGCAUGUCUUUCUACUAGAAAAGUGUCGACUGUGGGGCAUCUGGGACAUUGAGUGGGUGAUCAGGAUUGAUGAUAUUAUGAAAGUUCCCCAUGUAUCGGACAAUAUGCUGAUAUUCAAAGUGAGACAGGAUGAAAGUUGCAAUUUCUUUUCUGGAGAUGAGAGGCAUGUGGUAUGUGAGGAUCUUGCUGUUCUGGAGUGGCUUCAGAAGAAAACUGAAGCUGUUAUGAUUCUGAGCAUGGAAGACAAACCAUGCCCAGCAGAAGUGUGUCUUGAUGACCAAUAGCAGUGUUUUGAAGGCUUCCAUAUGCAAGUGUUGGUGGCAUAACCUGUUGCUGAGAUAUAACCUCCCAGAUAAUAAUUAGGGAAUAUCAAUGAUGUAGAGUUUGUUAGAAGUGUAUUCAUGGCAUAAUACCUGCCAGAAGUUACACACUUUGAUAAUCUACUUUAUGUUACCUGACUUAUUCACUUAUAGGUACAUAGCAAUGCAGUAUCAAGAAUUUAUUUAAUAUGGAAUGUAACAGGUCUGGAAGAAUGUGUAUUAAAAACUCAGACUUGAGUUUAAAUCUGCUGUGACAUUAACAUGGGAAGGAAUCUAUAUCAUUCAUAAGUUAAAAGGAAAAACAUGAUAUGUGCUUGGAUGUACCUUUAAGUUUUGUGAAAUAACUCUCCUGUUGCUAUACUGUGCAGGUGUAUUCUGAUAUAUCACUACUGAUAGCCAAACUAUUGAAAAAUUUCUACUCAUUUUGCAUUCAAAAACAUAAUUUAUUACUCCCUUCAUACAGAAACAUAGAAUUUUCAUCAGAAUAAAAUCAAUGAAGGAGAAGUUCUUGUUGAUUCUGUGAUUAAAAUAUACCAUAUUUCAUUUCUCCUCUCAACUUUUCUAUUCUGUAACGUCAGUUCUGUAACUUCACUAACGCAAUCCGAAGUUUAAAUAUUAUGAUUGAUACAGAUCCUUAGAGAAUAAAUACCAUCAUUUAACUGACUUUCAGUAAUAUAUUACACAGUACACUUAUGGUGAAAUAGAAAUAUGUGUUUAAUUAGUGGCUCUUGCUGUGCAAAUGUUGUAAGUGUUGUUGAAAUUUACAUGAAAAUAAUGUUACAGUAAUUACAACAUUAAGAACUACUAAUGUCAUGAUGUGAUACUCUUCAAUAAUGUAUUUUUGUAUACAGAUAGAUAUAUACUAAAAUAUAUGAACCAAGUUCAAAUACUUCACAGCAAACUGAUUUGAAUAUAAAACUCAUGAAGUUCUCAGCCUAAUAAUUCUGUUUCAUAUAGAAAUAGGAAGCAAGAGAAGUGAAGUUCAGUAACAACAUACAACAUUAAUAUUGGUGCUCAAGCAUUUUAAAACUCUGCUACACAGAGUUCAAAAAGGUGAAAGUGGAAUUUUUGUGGGCAUUAAUAGGAAUUUUAAAAUGAAGAAGAAUGAAAUAACAUUAUUUUUGUAUUUUCAUCUUAAUCAAGACAUUAAAAUACUAAUAACAAACAUUUUCAUACAAAUAUUGAUUCUGAGUGUUCGAUCUUGUGAAGAAAGGAAGUACCAGUAUAAUGUAUUUGGAGGAAACCACUAUCUGUUGCUGGCAUUACUUGAAAGAGUUUCCAUAUAAAACUCAGGGAAAAGACUUGUGAUUACAGUUUCUAUGUUAUUUGACACUAUGCUUGACUGAGGAAAUUACUCUAUUUCACCUUCUGUACUGAUAAUUAUCCUAUUGCUGUGUUUUUAGUUCAUUUACUGAUAAAUAUAUAUUUAAGAUACAUUUUCUGAAAAAUAAUACAAUCAUUUUCGAAAUCCAAAAAUAGUGAAAACCAUUUGGUGUCUGAUACAUAUAUCAGAUGAGAAUUAAAGGUCAAGAUAAAACAUAUAAAUUUCUUAUUAUGCUAUUCUUCUCACUUUUGUAAACUGAUAAUUAUAUUCAAAAUGAAAUUUAAGCCUUAGAGUUUGAGUUGUGUCACUGUAAUGGUAAAAGCUUAGAGUGGAUAUAGUGCAUUACCAAACUACUGGGAGUACCAAAUGCUUAUCAUAUAACUGACUUGGUUGAGAAUCUGAAUCUUAAAAAUCCUUUCAGCAGAAAGUGAACAAUAGCUAGAUCUACAGCAAGGUCAGUUCCUUUUUCACUUGUCAACUGAGGCCUCAACUACUAACAAUGUUAAUGUCUGUCAGUGUAAAGAGGUGAUUGUCUGUGAUCAGGGUAUAGCAUAAAAAGCAUAACUAAUAAUGUCUCCUGUUUUUAGAAAGAAGGUUAUUAUCAUGAGGUGAAAGUAUUUUAUUAAUCAAGGGGCAACUCUGAUUGGCCUCUGUGGCUAUUUGUUUUUACUUCCACUCUGCUCCUUGUAAGUUUUAUUGGCUUGCACGUCAGACUGUCCGUGCAAUAGUUCAUCUCAUAUAUUAAUAAUUACCUGUGACAUUAAAUGUGUGGACUACUCAUGUAACUUUGCAAAUGUAAACUACCUGCAGUUGCAUAAAAAUUUAAUAACAACUGGUCAAUUCACAAUAUUUUUAAGCACUUUUGCUCUAAGUGCUCAGAAUGUACCGAAAUAAAAGCAU